AUGCGCGGCCGCGAGCUCCCGCUCAUUCUGCUGGCGCUGGUCCUCUGCCAGGCGCCCCGGGGGCCAGCGGUCCCCGUGCCGGUGGGAGGAGGGACCAUGCUGGCCAAGAUGUACCCGCGCGGCAACCACUGGGCGGUGGGGCACUUAAUGGGAAAAAAGAGCACAGGAGAGUCACCACCUAUUUCUGAGGGAGGGAGCCUGAAGCAGCGGCUGAGAGAGUACAUUCGGUGGGAAGAUGCUGCAAGGAAUUUGCUGGGUCUCCUAGAAGAAAAGGAGAACAGACGCCUCCAGCCACCUCCCCGGGAGCCCCUGGGCAAUGGCCAGCCUACUUGGGUCAGCAGCUUCAAAGAUGUAGGUUCAAGAUGCAAAGUUGGUAGAUUCUCUGCUCCAGGUUCUCAACAAGAAGGAAGGAACCCCCAGCUGAAUGAACAAUGGCAAUGACCAUCUCUCUGAAAGGAGAAAGCAAAGCCCUUAAGAGAUUGCAUUCUGCAAACAUCAAUUCUACUGGACCAUCAAGAUUUCCUCUGUGCAAAAUACUUAACUAUUCUUGUAUCUUUCAACCUUGACUAAAUUCAUGAUCUUCAAGCAGCAUCUUCUGGUUUGAA